AUGGACAAGAUUCCAUAUGCAAGCGCUGUUGGAAGUCUAAUGUAUGCUAUGGUUGGCUCUAGACCUGAUCUUGCGUUUGCUGUUGGUUUGGUGAGUAGGUUUAUGUCUAAAACAAGUAGAGAACAUUGGGAAACUGUGAAAUGGAUGAUGAGAUAUCUUCAGGGAGCUAAAGAUGUGUGUUUGAUAUUCACAAAAGCAUGGCAUUUUGAUAUAGAAGGCUUCAGCGAUUCUGACAAGAGGAGGUCAGUGACCGGUUAUGUGUUCAAAGUGGUAGGUAAUACUAUCAGUUGGAGAUCGUGUCUUCAGCAUGUUGUGGCUUUGUCAACAACAGAGGCUGAGUAUAUGGCACUAUCAGAGGCUACAAAGGAAGGAUUAUGGUUGAGGGAAUUUUGCGGUGAAUUGAGUUUUAAUUCAGAGUUCUUCAAGCUACAUUGUGACGCUCAGAGUGCUAUUUUCCUAGCUAAGAACUCGGUUCAUCAUGACAGGACCAAGCAUGUUGCUAGUAAGAUUCAUUUCAUUCGUGACAUCAUUGAUUUUGGAAUGGUAAAAGUUCUAAAGAUUCAUGCUACUUUGAACCCUGCUGAUAUCCUAACAAAGAGUUUACCUGGUAACGCGUUCGAGAAGCAUCUCGUAACGCUGGAGGUCGUUGCCUGA